UGAGUUUUGGUAUAAGUGCUGCCUCUGUCUUCGAAAUGAUUUGUUCUGAACGUAUGUAUAUGCGUAGUAUCCCUCUGUAGUUUGUCAACGUAACCAAAAAAAAUGUCUUGGAUAGUGUGCUGUUAGCAUGUUAACCAGUCUGUGUACAAUUUAAUAGUGGAAAAUAGUGGCAUCAUCUAGUGUGGCUCAUUUUAUGUUGAUGUUUUUAUUUUGUGUUAUUUUUAUACCUAACAAUGUCUGCCGUGUGGAAGUUUUUUACAAAAAAAGAAAACAACCAACCUUCAUGCAACUUGUGCGGUAAAACGUACAAGACAUGCGGCAAUACUACUAAUUUAGCUGCACAUCUGAAAACAAAGCAUUAUAAUGCUCAUUUACAAUUUCAAAAAAUGCAGAAAUCAAAAGCGAACGAAUCCGGUAACAAAUCGAUAGACAAUUUAUCAACAAACGACGAUGAUGAUCUUAGUAUUGAGCCUACUUUGACAAAUGACCAAAAUUACCAUCGAUCGCAAAAAGUAUCAGAGAAUUCCUCAGAAUGUGCUCAGUCUCCCAUUCAAGAAUCAAAAAAGAGGAAACAAUGUACGCUUUUAAGUUGUUUAGAACGAGGUUCACGCUUUGAAGAAGGUGGACAACGACACAUCGAUAUUACUCAGGCUCUAAUUUACAUGAUAUGUAAAGACAAUUUGCCACUAUCAUGUGUCGAAAAAGUGGUCUAAAAAAGUUUGUUCGCACAGUUAGUCCUCUUUACAAACUCCCAUGCAGGAAAACGGUGACUAGCUUAAUAGAGAACCGAUAUAAUACUACGAAAUCGAUUCUUAUUAAAAGAAUAGACGAAGCAGAUUUCGUAUCUUUCACAAGUGACAUACUCACUAUUACUAAUUCUACCAGAAGCUUCUUAGUGUUGACGGUUCACUUUAUUGACAGUACAAAGGGAAACAAUUCGACCUCUCUUCAGAGUAUAAAUCUGUGUGCGCAGAAAUUGUCUCAAAGUCAUACAGCGGAGUAUAUUAAAGAAAUUUGGAAUGGCAUCUGUGAAGAGUUUGAAAUUGACAAGAGUAAAAUUGUGUCUAUCAGCACUGAUGGUGGCGCAAAUAUGGUGGCAGCGGUACGCUUAUUUCUAGGAAACGACUAUAGGAUUCCUUGUAUGGCUCACAGCUUAAAUCUUAUUGUUGAUGGGGUGCUGAGAGAGGUUCAUGCGUUUUCUGCCCUUUGCGAUCACGUCAAAAGUAUUGUGACGUUUUUUAAGCAAUCCGUGAAUGCUUCUGACCAAUUACGAGCUGAACAAAUAGCAUCGGGAAAAAAAGAAGGUGAAGCGUUGACAUUAAUCCAAGCAGUCAGCACUCGAUGGAACUCGUGCUUAGAUAUGCUUGUACGAUUUGUUGAGCUAUCUGCACUUGUAGCUAAAAUUUUAGCCACAAAGAGCCAAACCAAUAAGAACACACCUGAUAUGGUUGCAACUUCUCAACUUAAUAUAAUACGAGACCUUAUUAAACUUCUUGGUCCUUUCAAAGAAGCUACUGAAGAGAUAAGUGGGGCACAUUACGUAACUUCAAGUCUAGUGAUUCCGGUCUCAAAUUUAUUGCGUCAAGCAGUAGAUCAAUCUACACCAUCGACCUCUCUAGGAGAAACUGUAAGAAUGGCUUUACUAGAAAAAAUUGACCAAAAACUAGCUUCCUUAGAAACAAAUACUUAUCUGUCAGCCGCGACGAUAUUGGACCCCCGAUUUAAACGAAUCCAUUUUACGUCUCCAAGAGCCGUCUCAAAUUCAAUAUCAAAAAUUAGCAACGACAUUCGGUCGGAACAUAGACGCAGAGGCCAGCGUUCUCCCGAUCCACGACCUGUUCAAGGGGAAGUAGAAACUAGUGCGUCAUCAAUUUGGUGUCGGCACGAGAAAUUAAUUAACCUCAGCUCGAAUAGAGUAGAAAUUCCAAGCUCCGGUUGUGUCCCUAAUGAACUGAAGCAGUAUCUGGACCAACCAAUUCUUGAAAGAAAAUCUGAUCCCAUAGAAUUUUGGGUGAAUUGUCGCCAUUUUACGCCAGUUCUCGCUGAAAUUGCGUUGAAAUAUUUAAUCUGUCAAGGCUCCUCCGUAUCAUCCGAAAGACUUGCUUCAGCUGUAAAUUUGACUGUACCCAAUAAUAGAAGCCGAUUAACCGGGGAACACAUCAAGGAACGAGUGCUUCUGAUGUCUAUAUCCGAUGAGUACUGGUUCGAAUAAAAUUUAAACAAAAUACUAUUGUUUAAAUCGUUCAAAUUUUUGACUAAUAAUAAGUAUUUUUAUUUUACUAAUGAUAUUUAAAUACGUAUUUUAAUAAUAAAUGAAACU